AUGGACGUCCUACUCUCUCUCCCCAUAUUGUCAUACCUACUAUCGCCUGCUUCUGCAUCAUGGUCUACAUCACUCAAUCUGCUCUUCUUUUACAUGACAUGGACGACUCUCGUUCUGUCCCACACAUCUCUUCGCAUUCGCGUCCUUGGCACGCUCUCUAUAAGAGUCGUCCUGUAUCUCAUACCGUCUCUUCUGACGCUUCUUCUCGACACAUCAGUACCUAGUGCCGCAGAGUCCAUCAAACUUGGUGGCCGCGCCUCUCUUCCGCAACGGAAUGGCCGUUUCAUCGCGCGCCAGGUUGCACUAGUGUUGAUAAACCUGGCGCUUGUGACUGCGGCUGAAGGCGCGUCAAGUCUUGGCUUCAAGUAUAUUCUUGGUGAAGAUGACUUCAAGACUGCAUCCGUACUUCCCUUGCCGUGGCAGUUGGCAAAGCAUAUUCUGCUAAUGCUGACGGCGAGGGAGGUGCUGACUUACUACAUCCAUCGAAACGUGUUGCAUUCAAAGGGUGCAGUUGCGAAAUAUCACCAGCAAUAUAAUCACGCGAGGUCAGCGGCGCCUUACAGCCUCCAACUCUUUGCGGAUCACCCGAUUCCUCUACUUUUUCAUCGCUUUCUGCCUAUCUACUUGCCAUCUAUUGCGUUGCGCCCGCAUCUGCUUACAUACUUCCUCUUCCUUGCGCUAUGUACGGCUGAGGAGACUCUUGCCAUGUCAGGGUAUAGUAUCGUCCCCGGUAUCAUUAUGGGUGGUAUGACACGACGCACAGCAGUGCACUAUGCUAGUGGGGGUAAUUGCAACUACGGCGCAUGGGGUCUGCUGGAUUGGAUGAAUGGCACCGGUCGCGGACGUGAUGUUCUCGAUGAUGUGAAAGCUGAAGCAGAGAAGCAUCGUGUCAAGGAAAGGUCUGCCAAUAAGAUGAAUAGCGGCAUGGGCGCUGUUAAAGGAGGAAUCGACAAGUUCACAAACAGCGACGAAGGUGGCAAGAGAAGAAGCUCAAGGCUACGAUCCAAGCGAGCUUCAUAG